AUGGUGUCAGGCUUCUCUUUCGGCGGCGGCGGCACCGGCGGCUUUGGUUCUUCCGGCUCAGCCUUUGGCGGUAGCUCAACUCCUGCGUUUGGUUCAGGCGGUUUUGGCCAGCAGCAAUCACAGCAACCACAGCAACAGACAGGCGCUUUUGGCCAGCCAGCACAGACUCCCGCUUUCGGCUCAUCUGCUGGUGGUUUUGGGUCAUCAGGCGGUGCAUUCGGCCAGUCUAAUACCCCCUCUACUGGCUUAUUCGGCGCUAGCAGACCUCCUCAGCAAGGCUCUGGUUUCUCUUUUGGCGGUGGUGCUUCAGCAGCCCCUGCAGCUCCACAAGCAAACCCAUCUCCCUUCGGUGCACCUGCACCCGCUUCCACAUCCACUUUCGGCCAGCCAGCUCCAACUGCCUUUGGUAGUUCUUUAGGUGCUGGCGGCGCAUCUGCAGAUGUCAAAGGCACAGACCCAUUCGAAGUUAACCAGCGCGUCGAAGAUCCAAAAGGACCAGACCGUAUUACAGACAGGGUCAAGUUCCAUUCAAUUAACACUGAAGCCAAAUUCCAGCCUUUCUCAUUCGAGGAGUUGCGUAUGAUGGAUUACGAAAGAGGCACAAGAAACUCCUCUCAAGCACCUUCUACCGGUGGCUUCGGUGCUUCUACUUCAGGCGGCUUUGGCAGCACAUUUGGUGCUCCAAGCACCGGUAGCGCGUUUGGCCAGUCAGCCGGUACUGGCGCUGGCGCUGGCGGCUUUGGAUCAAAUACAGGCUCUACCGGUGGUGGAUUGUUCGGUUCAUCUCAGCCUCAACAAAACAGUGCCUUUGGUGGCUCCUCUGGUGGAUUUGGUCAGUCGCAACCAAGUCAGCCAGCGGGUGGUGGAGGCUUGUUUGGCCAAUCUAAUACCCAAUCCACGCCAUUUGGUGGUGGCUCUACUGGUAGCGCCUUUGGGCAGCAACCUAAGCCUUCCCUAUUUGGCUCUACAUCAACAAACACUCCAUUUGGUGGCGCUGGCGGUGGUGCAGCUGGCGGAUCUGCAUUUGGUCAAUCCAACCCACCUGCAUCAGCACCAUUCGGUCAAUCUAGCACAGGAGGUGGCUUCGGCAGCAAUACAGGUGCCAGCGGUGGUACAGGCUUCUCUUUCGGCCAACCUGCUAGUACUACCCCAGCAACUGGUGGAUUCGGUGCUGCAGCACAACCAAGUACUGGUGGUGGCUUAUUCGGACAAAGCGCACAAAAACCAGCGUUUGGUGGAGCUUCCUCAACACCAUUCGGUCAAUCUUCCACUGGUGGUGGAUUUGGUUCUGGUGCGACUGGCGGCUUUGGACAAUCUCAACCGAGUCAACCACCUGCAGGAGGUGGUUUGUUCGGACAAUCUCAGCCUAGUCAACCACCAGCUGGCGGUGGUCUGUUUGGCCAGCAGCAAAAUAGCCAACAACAGCCAAGUAGUACAGGAUUUGGAAGUGGUGGACUGGGUGGAUUCGGCCAACAAAACAAACCAGCGACAUCUGGUUUUGGUGGAUUCGGAUCUACCAACACUGGUGGUACUGGUGGUGGAUUUGGUGCAGGUGCUAGUACUGGCGCUGGUGGCUUUGGUCAAAACCAAUCAAACACCGGCGCCUCUGGUGCUACUGGCGGCGGAUUAUUUGGUGGACAGCAGAACCAACAACAGCAGCCAUCUACUGGUGGAUUUGGCUCUGGAGGUAGUGGAUUUAGCUUUGGCCAAAACAGCCAACAACAGCAGCCACAACAACCAGCGCAACAGCAGCAGCCAUCGAGUGGAUUCAACUUUGGCGGUGGUUUAGGUGGUACCCAGAACAAGCCAGCAACUGGAGGAUUCGGCAGUGGCUUUGGCUCGAAUACAGGCACAGGAGGAUCUACUGGAGGUGGUGGACUUUUCGGUGGUGGCUUAGGAUCAUCAGCAAACAACAACAACACAGGAACGGGUGGUGGUGGACUGUUCGGCGGCGCUGCCAACAACACCUCAACUGGAGGUGGUCUUUUUGGUGGUGGUGGUGCAUCUGCUGCUCCGAAACCAGCUGGUGGAUUGUUUGGCAGCACCGGUACUGGAGGAGGGUUUGGUGGAGGGUUGGGACAGUCUUCGACUGCACAACCUGCUCAAAACAACACUGGAGGCUUUGGCGGUGGCAGUUUGUUUGGACAGUCGACCCAGCAAAAUUCACUUCAACAAUCGCAACCAAAUUUGAGUGCAUCGGUCGAUCAGUCACCUUACGGAGCCAAUCCAUUAUUUGAUCUGGGACCAAAUCCACAGAUUGGACCAACUGCCGUAGCGGUUGGAGGAGCAUCAACUGUGAACAAGAAAAAACCAGUGUUGAAUGCAUCAGCAAGUAUGCGUUCACCAGCUAGACCUUUGAACAGACUGAGAGGAUUCGCUGCAUCACCAGGCACACCAAUUUCACCUUCAGCUGGUGUUAACUUGUCAUCAUCGGUGAUGCCACCGUCUUCACCAAGCAUGAGUGUGAACGGAGGAAUGAGAUCAUCCCAAAGAUCAUUGAAUCUCUCAAGAGCUGGAUCACCAGCUGCGUCGACGAAUGGAGGAGUGUUGAGUGGAUUGCCAAGCGAGAAUGCCAUGUCGCCAAAUGCAUUUAUGCCACGCUCAUCAGUAAAAAAAUUGGUGAUUGAUCGCAAACCUAUACCAGAUUCACCAAGCGCGGCAGCGUCAGGAUCGCCUAAUAGUCUCGCGCAGAGCAAGACGGGUGCAAAAGUCAGCUUCAAUCCGCAUCUUGAAAAAGCAGCACAAGACAGCCAUAGCGUUGGCCUCGGCGAUAGUAUAUCAUCAACACCUCACGAAAAUACACCACUGAAGACAUCAAAUACUUCACAAUUCGUUAAGUCUACUACACCAACAGCCAGCCCACCACCAUCAACAAAUACACUCGGGUCAUCAGUCGUCAGCGUAGAAGCAUCACCGCAGAUUGAGGAAGGCCACUACUACUCAAUACCAAGUGUAGAUGAACUAAACAAAUACAGCUACAGGGAGCUGAAAUCAGUAGAGGGAUUGAAGGUCGGCCGAAAAGGAUACGGUGAAAUACACUUCCUUGAACCAGUCGAUCUGACGACACUGGAUGGAUUGAAUGAACUGACGGAUGGACAACUCGUUGUAUUUGAGAGCAGAGUGGCUUACGUGUAUCCAGAUGGAGUCGAAGAAGGCGAGGAUAAUCCAGAAAAUGCACCACUCAAGCCAGCACCUGGACGUGGACUGAAUGUAGCGGCUGAAAUAGAAUUAGAGGGCUGUUGGCCAAAAGACAAGGCGACUGGAGAGUAUAUUAAGGACGACUCGCAUCCCAAGACAUUGUCGCAUCUCAACAGAUUAAAGAAAGUUUCUGGUACGACGUUUGUUAGCUACGAAAGCAGAAUUGGUAGAUGGGUAUUCCAAGUGCCUGGAUUCUGA